UAACAAUGCAACAUAUCGACUCUGACAAGUUAUACGCUGACGGUGCUUAUCGUUUUGAAUUCGUAUCCAAGUUUAUGGAAUUUGGUCCUGAAGAUAUCAAAGCUAUUGAGGCCGUUGCUGAUCAUAUUCGUCCUCUGGUACCUGUUGUUGUUGAUGCUGUCUAUGUCAAGCUAUUCCAAUUUGAUGUUACCAAGAAACACUUUGUGCCAAAGAAUGAAGGAUUUGCUGGUGAAGCUCCUACCACUUUGGAAGAAUUGACACUCGAUCACCCACAGAUCAAGUUUCGUAAGGACUUCUUGAGCAAGUACCUCUACAAAAUUCUCUCUGGCCCCUAUGACGAACGUUUCCUUCGUUACCUUGACUGGGUUGCAAAGAUUCACACAGAUACACCUGAAAAGAAAUCAAAGAUCAAUGUAGACUAUAUCCAUAUCAAUGCCUUGAUGGGCUUUGUCGAAUCAACCUUGGUCGGCGGUCUGUUAUCUCUCAACCUUGACCGUGAAACAGAGUCCAAGGCUUUAUUGGCAUUCAACAAACUGCUCUGGAUUCAAAAUGAUUAUUUUGCCAAGUAUUACUGUAAUCCAGCUACUAUUAAGGACGCAAAGGUAUCUGAUAAGAGUAGUUUGUGCACAUUGGCUUCCCCUGCUUCUCUUCUUCCUUUGAUCGUUGGCGCUGCUGCUGGUAUUGCUGGUGCUUGGUAUCAUUUCCGUCGUGCUUAGAACAUUUUACCCGCCUUUUUCUCACUUGUAUCUCUUAUCUCUUAAUAAAUUUUAAGCUUUAUCACCCCAUAUUUUUUAUUUUAGCCACGCAAAUAAUAAUAAUAAUUC